UAGUAGAACUAUGAUAUAUACAUGGAAUUGACUCUACCCCAAGCCAUUCCCGAGCGUCAUUCUUGCCAUGACUUUUACAAGUUCAAUCUCGCUGGAAACCGCAGCUCUAAUAUCGACGGUGCUGGAAGGCAUUUUAUACGGUUUUUCGGUCCUCAUGUUUAUUGGCACCAUGUGGUCAAUGUCCUACAAACGUUCCAUGCGAGAUGUCAAUCGCCCAGUCGCUGCCGCAGCCGUCCUGCUGUCGGUAUUGAGUACUGCACACAUAGUCUUAAGCAUUAUUCGGAUCGAAUACGGAUUUGUGACGUACCAAGGUGUGCCAGCGGCGUACUUUGCAGAUGUUUCUCAAGAAACGUACGUGAUCAAGAAUUCGAUAUACGUUCUGCAAACUCUGCUUGGUGAUGCGGUAGCGAUUUAUCGUUGUUACGUCGUCUGGCAAGCUGCCUGGGUCAUCAUUCUACCAAGCUUGCUGUGGUGCGGCGUCGCAGUCACUGGUGCUCUCUAUGUUUACGGCGAUUCCCAAACCAGCAGUACCGGAAUCAUUUCUACCACAGUGAAUGUGGAAUGCAUGGGAGUGUUCUGUGUCCUGACACUUCUAGCAAAUUUGUCGAGUUCGGGAUUACUCGCGUAUCGCAUCUGGAAAAUCGAGCGCAAUGUCUCUUCCUCUCGCACUUCAAAGGUCAUGACCACGAGUAUAAUACGCGUAGUAAUGGAUUCUGCUAGCUUGUACACCAUAGCGCUCCUCGCUACAGUAACUGGAGCCCUCUGCUCGAGCAAUGGGCCGUUUACUCUGAUAGACACGCUCACGCCGGUCAUCUCAAUUGCUUUCUACAUGGUAAUCAUUCGAAUCGCAAUCGGUCAAAACGCUCACAGUCAGGUCUUGACUGUCCGUGGGGGGAUAACCAGUGAAACGGAACGAGGGAGCUUUCCGCAAUAUUCUGUGAAACCUCUGCAGGUCAACACACCCCGCUCCACGCACACCGACAGUACCCGUGUGUACGGGACUUCAAGUUGGAACCAGAGCCGACCACCGACAGGCAAGGAGUAUUUGGAUGAGACAUCUUGCGAUCUAUUGUCAGGCUAAACUCGAUUGCUAUUUUCACGGAAAUUAUUUUGAUAGUAUCAGACGAUAACCUUCAGUCGGUCCGAGGCGCGCAAUAGCGAAGGAGAAUCACUGACUGGUUGAUAUAUGACUUUACGUGCUUCGCUUUCAAUUACUAUAUGAUAUUAUGACCUUCAACUUCAUGAACAAUGGUAGCAAUCGUAGUGCUAGUGAUAUAUAUUACUUAAUGAUUGCCGUCGGUAGUAAAUUUAAGGAAGUAAAACAGGUAAAGAUCC